AUGGGGCUGGGAGCAAUUAAAACCUGUAUCAAAGCUACAGCAGACAUUCUGAGUAUAGCAGAAGGCAUCCUCUUGUUCACUGCAAUGACUGAGUCAGUGCUGGGGGUUUUAGGGAAUGGAUUUAUUGGCUUUGUGAACUACACUGACUGUUUCAAGAAUAAGAAAUUCUCUAUGGUUGGCAUUGUGCUCACUGGCUUGGUGAUCUCCAGGAUUUUUCUCAUGUGGAUAAUAACUUUAGGUGUAUACACAAAAAUAUUAUUUCCAUAUAUGCUGAUCUCUGGCAAUCUAAUUGAGUGCUCCAGUCACAUAUGGGUAAUUUUUAACUGCCUGAGUGUCUGGUUUGCCACCAGCCUCAACAUCUUGUAUUUCUUAAAAACAGCCAGUUUUUCCCACUAUAUAUUUCUCUGGUUGAAGAGAAGAAUUGAUAAGGCUUUUUGUCUUUUUGAUGGGGUAUUUAUAACAUGGUUAAUUUCUUUUCCAAUAGCUGUGAAAGUGAUUAAAGAUGUUAAUCUUAGAUUGCAUCAUAGACACACAUCCUGGAAAAUCCACCUGGAGAAAAGUGAGGUACUUUUUAACUAUGUUCUUGACAAUAUGGGAGUCAGUUCUCUCUUUAUGAUGGUCCUGGUUGCAUGUUUCCUGCUAAUCAUUUUCCUUUGGAGACACAACAGAUGGAUGCAGUUGAAUAUAUCAGGAUUCAGAGACAUCAACAAGGAAGUUCACGUGAAAGCCAUGAAGGUUCUAAUAUCUUUUAUCAACCUCUUAUAUUUCAUAUGUGUUUUCAUAGAAACAUUGUGCUUGUUUAUCACAGAAAACAAGCUGCUAUUUAAUCUCGGUUUCACAACUGCAUCCAUGUACCCUUGUUCGCACUCACUUAUGCUAAUUCUAACAAAGAGCCAGCAGAAGCAAGCCUCUGUGAGGGUACAGCAGCAAUUAACGUGCUGA